UGCAAAACAAUUCGUUAAUUGAUAAACAAUGGUCAUCACCUGGUUUGCUACACAGUUUAUGCCUAUUUCCUGUUCUCAAUUAGAGCAAAUAAUAACCACAUUAGAAAAGCGAUGCGAUAUUAAUAAUAAAUAAUUUACAAGGUACAAUUAGAGAAGACAAGUAAAAUUGAGCAUACAAGGGUUUUCAGAACUCCACAUUUAAAUAAAAAUAUUCACAAAAUUCGGUAUCUUAGUGACGAAUGACAGUUGUCAAAAGUGUACUGACACGGCAUUACAAGUUGUUUGAAGCUAUCUCAUAAUCCUCAAACAAAAUGUUCCGAAACCAAUACGACAGCGACGUAACGAUAUGGAGUCCCCAGGGCCGCCUCCAUCAAGUGGAAUACGCUAUGGAAGCAGUUAACUUGGGUUCGGCGAUUGUCGGUUUAAAAAGUAAGACUCAUGCUGUCCUAAUCGCUUUGAAGCGAGCAUCCUCUGAAUUGUCCGCGCAUCAGAAAAAGAUUUAUACCAUCGAUAAUCACAUUGGCAUUACAAUUUCCGGUUUGACCGCUGAUGCGAGGAUGUUAAGUAGAUACAUGAGGGUUGAGUGCUUGAAUUAUAAAUAUUCCCAUGAUGAUUAUUUUCCAUUGGAGAGGCUGAUCAAUCUGUUGAGUAACAAAAUGCAAAUUUGCACUCAGAGGUAUGACAGGAGGCCUUAUGGCGUAGGGUUUUUGAUUGCUGGAUAUGACGACAAAGGCCCACACAUUUACCAAACUUGCCCAUCAGCCAACUACUACGACUGCAAAUCUAUGUCAAUUGGAGCCAGAUCACAAAGUGCUAGGACUUAUUUGGAGAAGAAUCUGAAUGAACUAAAAAAUGCUAGUCUGGAUGAAUUAAUCAAACAUGGUUUGAGAGCGUUGAGAGAUACUUUGCCACCAGAAACCGAUCUUAACAACAAGAAUGUUUCAAUUGGUUAUGUAGGGAAAGAACAAUCCUUCAAAAUUUUGGAUGAGGAAUGUGAUCCCUAUCUUGCAAUGAUCCAAGGUGAGGAGAGAAGAGGUGGCAGUGGGUCAGCUGAAGGGGCUCCUCCAAGGGAUGAUGCAGGAGACCAAGAUCCUACACAAAAAGGUCCUGCAGAAACGAUGGAUACAGACUAAACCUGAAUGAUUUCGUUAACCUAGCUCUACUACUCGUUGCUGUUGUUUGAACAUUUCUUAAGCUUUUAUAACUUUGUAUCAUUAAUUUAAUAAAUAUUUGCUUAUAUAA